GAGGGUCUUACAACCACUCGGUCUCAGAGAUGACGUCGGUGUAUGGUUAAUCAGCUGUUUUUGGGCCGGACGAGCUCCCAAAUAAAUCAAAAUAAGGCGAAUUUGGCUUCAAAGGACGGUUAACAGCGAAAAACCGAUCACAAUACUCAGUGCGGAGACUGUUGACAUGCUUGAUUUGGACCGUCACCAUGGACAAGAUUUUGGAGGGCCUUAUGAGCUCAAAUCAUCCAGUUCCCGUGAAGAAGGUCAUUAUAAAGAAAGUGGUGGAGGCGGCGGAGAAAGCUGUAACAGAGGAGCAGUGCCAGGCCAUGUUUACUCUCACCACUCACCUCAUUUUGCUCGGGGAAGAUGCUUUUCAGAAGCAGGUGGGCUUCCAGGUUCUGGAGGCGUACGCCCGGUACCACCGCCCAGAGUUUGAGCGAUACUUCAGCAAAGACUUUGUGUUGGGUCUGCUCCAGCAGGGCUAUGGCGAGCUGCACCAUAAAGAUCCAGCCAUUAUUGACUUCAUUCACAGUUGCCUGCGUUUGCUCAUUAGCUGCCCGUCUGUUUUGGAAAUCUUUAGUGUGAUCCAAGUGGAGGUGUUGAGGAUGGUCUGUGAGCGUCCUGACCCUGCUCUGUGUGCACGUCUCAGCACUCUGCUGUCAGAUUUUGUACAGUGUAUCCCAAAGGACAAGACUGGAGGUCUGUUCUGUCAGCAGCUCGUGAGAACCAUUAGUUACUUCCAGUGCUUUGCCAAUGAAGAGCAAGAACUGAGAGAAUAUGUAAACCAAGUGACCAGGGUGAGCACGCUGCUCCAGAACAUCUGGAAGACUGAUCCCACUACACUGCUGCCAUCACUACAGGAAGUCUUUUCUAUCAUAUCCUCAACAGAACUGACAUAUGAGCCCUCCAUUGCCUUGGCCUGUCUGGUCCAGCACAUCCCAGUUCAGAUGAUCACGGUGCUCAUCAAGAGUUUAACAACAGACCACAGUGUUAAAGAUGCAAACAUGACCAAGGCCCUCUGCAGAAUGAUCGAUUGGCUGUCCUGGCCUCUGGCCCACAAUGUGGAUAUCUGGGUCAUUGCACUACUGAAAGGACUGGCUGCAGUUCAGAAGUUCACUAUCCUCAUCGACGUGACACAGCUAAAAAUUGAACUCGUAUUUAAUCGUCUGUGGUAUCCCAUUGUGCGUCAGGGAGCCCUCGCUGUCCUGUCACACAUGCUGCUGAGUUUCCAGCACUCUCCGGAAGCUUUUCAUUUGGUUGUCCCCCGUGUGGUUCCAUUAGUCCAGUCCUUAACAACAGAUGGACAUCCCAACAGCAAGGAGUUCUUAUUGCAGUUUUCCAAACUUAUGCACUGUAUGAUGUACCACUACUCUGGAUUUCCAGACCUUUAUGAUCACAUACUUGAGUCCAUCAAGGACCUCCCAAAACCUGAAGAAGACGAGAUUAAGUUAGUGUUGAAUCAAAGUGCCUGGACCUCUCAGUCUAACUCCUUUGCUCCGGGUUUUCUGAGACCGUCUGGGAAGUCUGAGACUGGAAAAACAGGCCUGGUCAACCUGGGCAAUACCUGCUACAUGAACAGCAUCAUCCAGACCCUCUUUAUGGCCACAGAUUUUAGGAGACAUGUUUUGUCUUUAAAUCUAAAUGGAUCUGAGCGGCUAAUGAAAAAGCUUCAGUUGUUGUUUGCUUUUCUUGCACAUACUCAGAGGGCAGCAUAUGCUCCCAAAAAUUUCUUGGAAGCAUCUCGGCCUCCCUGGUUUAAUGCUGGAUCCCAGCAGGACUGCUCCGAAUACCUCAGAUUUCUUCUAGACCGGUUGCAUGAAGAGGAGAAAACGAUUCAGAUCCUGCAGUCAUCUGAACCCAAAGAUGUCUCAGCUGACGACAGACAUGACAACGGCCCCAAAAGUCUGACCUCUCCAGAGGAACCUGUGUCACCACAAUCUUUUGCUGACUGUGACAGCAGAACUUUAAUAGAGAGGACGUUUGGUGGAAAGCUGAUCACCGGGAUCCGCUGUAUGCUCUGCAACAGCAUCUCUGAGAAAGAGGAGCCUUUUACAGACCUGUCUUUGGCCUUUUGCCCGUCUGCCACCUCUGCAGACAGUGGCCCUGCCGAGGGCCCUAUGAUGGGCCCCGUGAUGGGCCCCGUGAUGGGCCCCGUGAUGGGCCCCGUGAUGGGGCCUAUGAUGGGGCCUAUGAUGGGGCCCAUGAUGGGGCCCACAGUUGGACCCAUGAUGGGGCCAGAGCCUCAUUGUCAGGGAUCUGUCAACGGUGGCAGUGAAAACCCUGAGUCAGGCCCAGUGAAAUCACCAGCCAGCAGUGUUUCUAUUGUGCCAGUGACCAGCGAGCCUCCCCUCUCAGUGCCUGAUCUGGUCAAUUAUUUCCUGGCUCCAGAAAUCCUUGAUGCAGAUAAUGCUUACUUUUGUGAAAAGUGCAGCUCCCUCCAAAGAGCAGAGAGGACGUUAAAAAUAGUGUCUGCACCUGAGUACCUCAUUUUGACUCUCCUGCGAUUUGCAUAUGACGCAAAAUGCCACGUGCGCAGAAAGAUUUUGGACAAUGUCACCAUUCCAGCUUUGAUGAGGCUUCCUGUGCACACACACGCGUCCAAACCAUCUCCUACAUCUUUGCAAGAGGAUUCCCCAGAAUGCAGCGAGAACCUGGCCAAAAAGCUCAAACCUUCUCAGAAUGAGGAAGAGGAGAGGAUAGAUGGAGCUGUACAGGACACAUCGGUUCAUUCAGUCCCUUAUGUACUCUGCUCUGUGGUGAUGCACUCAGGUUUGUCCUCAGAAAGUGGACAUUAUUAUUCUUAUGGUCGAAAUGUCUGUGAAGUGGAUGGGACGCAGCAUCUCGCCAACUGCCUUUCCUUAAAAGAUGAUAACAGGGCAGACUGUAUCCCGUCUUGCUCAUCUCUGGCAGCUUCACAUGAGCAGGGGAAUACAUCGCCCCCUAGUGGACACGCAGACAAAGACUGGCUUUUGUUCAAUGACAGCAGAGUCACUUAUGCCUCCUUUCAGUCGGUGCAAAAUAUUACAAAUCGCUUCCCCAAGGACACAGCGUACGUGCUCAUGUACAGAAAACAGGAGAUACCCGGGAAAAGCGUAAACGGGACUGGGGUGGCCAAUGGGAUGAGGAUGAACGCAGAGCCUCCACUACACAAAGAGCUUCUGGAUGCGAUAAUCAAAGACAACAAACUCUUCCUACAGGAGCAGGAGCUGAACGCACGGACCCAAGUUCUUCAAGCCUCGUCUUCCUGCUCGUCCAAGCCCAAUGGUUCAGAUGACAACAACCCCCCGGGGAGCUGCGGCCCAUCUGGAGGAGGGGGAGGAGGAGGGGGCUUCAACACCAUCAGCAGACUGGUGUUUUAAAGCGGGGCUCUGGUGUUUUAAAGGUGCAUUAAAGGUGUAACUUUUCCGGUAGAGGGUCCGUCAAACGCUUUUCUCCAUGGAGAUGUUAUUGCUUUGUCGCUCACAGCCAGAACGUUGUUUUUCUAGUUUUUUUUGAGCUAUAAAACCACCUGUAAUUGAAUAAAUGUAAGGUAGAGCUGUUUAAUGUCACACUGUGGAGCAUUCCAGACAGAGCAAUAAAAUAUCCAUGGAGAAAAUCAUUUGACGAACCCUCCGCCAGUAAAGUUACUCUGAAGAAAAGCUCAGCAUUGUCCAAUCCGUAAAACAGCACUGGACUUACGUAAAUACGACAAACGAGGACUGAUUCUUACCUCUUUUGGUCCUUUGGUUUCUUAACUUUUGACUUAAUUUGAUUUUAUAUUUUGGCCAUGAUGAAAAUGUUUGUAAUUCAUAAUGAGAUAGAAAUGUUCCACCGUUUUCUACCGUAUUUGACAGAAGCACUCCACUGCAUAUGAGCUGUGUAAAGUAUCUGUGGUCCUUCACGUACAUCGAUAAUAAACCACUUUUAAUCAUGUUGUUACGGCCACAUUUUAGCAAAUUAUUUAAAGAUGCACUUGGUAACUUGGGUUUGCGACUUGGAGAUGUUAUUGCUUGGCCUGGAAUGUUCCACAGUAGGGCAUUAAACAUAUCUCCCUUGCAUUUGUUCAAUUACAGGUGUUUUAUAGCUCAGAAAUACCUUAAAAAAUGAAAACAAAACGUGAAUUCUUAUCAUGUGCAGGCUCGCUUUUUCAUAGAUCUGACCUUUAACCUGUCUCUGUUGUGAUUACCAAGUUUACUUCCAUUUUGUGGAAUAAUCAAAGCAGAAACAUUUCCAUGGUUACAAGCAGGUGACCAGAAAAGUUACACAGUGCACUUAAACAAAGUUAAAUUAAUUACAUUUGCUUUUAGAAUAUAAUAACGAUAAAACUAUUUAAUUUGUGAAGCAUGAAUACAAAAGCAUUUCAUAUUUUUGGCCACCUCUUGCUGAAAGUGCGUAUGACAGGUUUCAAUUUUUUACUUAAUUUGGUAGAAUAAAAACAUAAAAAUUGAAAUUAAAUAUAGAUUAUAGUUUUACAAUCAAUCAAGAAGCAAUUUGUCGAAAAAUGUUGAAAAAUAUGUUACAGAAAGUGGGGAGAAUUAUGUUUACAAGUAAGAAGCACUUAUUUCUGAUACUUCAAAAUUUUAUCUCAACAAAAUAAAAGUGUUUUUUUGUGUUUUUAUUCAUCAAAUAAUCUCAAAUUUAAAUCAAAUCUUCUUCUUUCAAAUCUUCUUCUUUCAAAUCUUCUAUUUUUCUGAACAUUAGAGGAGUUUUGGCCUAGUUUACGGUACGGUUGCCUAAAAAAUGGUCAAAUUAGGAAAAGGAAAAUUUAAAUCUUUAGUAAAAUCUCAAAUAUUAACUGUGUUUUAAUGAAAUUAGUAGCCUAACCUGUCAUGGGCACUUUAAAUGUCCUCGUUCUUACAUUAGGGUGUGCUCGACUGAUUUUCACAUGCAAUAAUUGUACAUAUACUGUUAAGAACCAUUUUAGAGUCAACUGAGCUCAGAAGAUCUCAGUUCGGGGCAUUUUUGAGAUGAUGCUAUAUUGGUGUUUAAAGAAAAAAUACAAAAAAACCUAAACAUUUAACAGUGCAAUGUACAUUAUUAUAAUAUUGUCUGUCCCUGUUUGUGAGCAUUCAGGGAGGUUUGUGGGUUAAUGGUUGCUUUUUGUAUGCUUUUUGAUAUUUAAUGCAGACUUUAUGAGGUCACUGACUGUAAAACGUACACCUCAGCUGUAUUGUGUUCAUUUACCUUUUCCCACAGUAAAAACGCUGGUCAUUUC